AUGCCCGCCAAAGUUUCAGGCGACGGCCUGAAGAGAAAGAGAGUGCCGACGAAGGAAAAUUCAAAGAAGCGCGCCAAGUCGGAAUCCGAAUCGGAAGCGGAGAGCAGCAGCGAUGAGAGCAACGACCCUCAGGCUGAGAUCUUGUUGCUCGAGAAUGAGAUUCUCGAGUCUAAGAAGCAUUACAACAACAUAUCAAAACUGAUACAGAUCACAAGCACUCACGAGGAUGAGCCCGAGGCGGCGACCCUGGCCUGUGUUGCCCUGUGCAGAGUUUUUGUGAGACUGCUCUCUGCGGGAGCUCUCGUCCCCAGGAAGGGACUACCUGAGAAGGAGGCUGUUGUUGUGCAGUGGCUCAAGGAGCGGUAUUUCGAGUACAAGGGUGUGCUCGUCUCUCUUCUUGCCGAAGAGGAUCUGGCGCCGACAGUGUUGACGUUGGCCAUGCGGUGUAUCAAGGCCGAGGCCCAGUACCUCUACGAGAAGGAAGACUACAUUUUCCCUCACAACUUCCUCGAGCAGAUCAUCGCGGGUCUGUUGGGCUCAGAUAGCGAUGAUGCGCGCGUCGAGUUUGUAGAGAAGUAUUUGACCGAGUACGAUGAUAUUCGCUUUUUCACGCUAAAGGCCAUCAAGUCUCUGGCUGAGACGCCUGGGUCUUUGCCCGAGGACGAGCUUUUCGACGAUGCUUUCGAGCUGCUCUCAAACAUUGGUGGCGUGCCUACGGAACUCGGCAACUUCUACGCCGAAAAGCCUAAGAAGAAGUCGCAUAACGUCAACUCCCUUCACCAGCACAAGAAGCAAGGCCAAGACGCCUGGCUCGCGGUUCUCAAGCUUGCAGCAACAAGAGAGCAGCGAAAGCAAGUGCUGGACGUCAUGUCCAACGAGAUCGCGCCCUGGUUCAUCCGACCGGAGUUGCUGGCCGACUUCCUCACGGACUCCUAUGACGCCGGCGGUUCGAUCUCACUGCUUGCGCUAUCAGGUGUUUUCUACCUCAUCAAGGAGCGCAACCUCGAUUACCCAUCGUUCUACACGAAGCUUUACUCCCUUCUGGACAGCGAGAUACUGCACUCGAAGCACCGCUCAAGGUUCUUCCGGCUGAUGGAUACAUUCCUAUCGUCGACUCAUUUGCCGGCGGUGCUGGUGGCGAGUUUUAUCAAGAGAUUGGCACGUUUGAGCUUGAACGCCCCUCCAAGUGCCAUCGUCUUCGUGGUGCCUUGGAUGUACAAUAUCCUCAAGAGGCACCCGCUCUGCACGUUCAUGAUCCACAGGGAGACGAGGGACCCGGAGGUCAAGGCCCUCAUGGAGAAGCAGGGCCUCGACGACCCGUUUGUGGCCGAUGAGACGGACCCGAUGGAGACACAUGCCAUCGACAGCUGUCUGUGGGAGAUUGUGCAGCUGCAGUCACACUACCACCCCAACGUGGCGACGAUUGCCAAGAUCAUGUCGGAGCAGUUCACUAAGCAGUCUUACAACAUUGAGGACUUCCUCGACCACUCAUACGGCAGUUUGCUCGAGGCUGAGAUGAGCAAGCAGGUCAAGAAGCCGCCCGUCAUCGAGUUCCAGAUUCCUAAGAAGGUGUUCCUCCCGAACGAACCGGAGUCUGGGUUCCAAGACAACCUGGUGACGAAGCUGUGGAACUUCCAGUAA